UUGAUCUGUUCUGAGAGUAAAAAAAUGUUUUGGUUUCUUUUUGUCACUCUUCAAGGGAGAGGACAAAGAAAGCGUGGUGUUGCCAACACUAACCCUAAAAUUUCGGAGGUCCACUGCUUUAUUGCUGUCUUCGAGAUCCAAAGACCUCCUCACAGUAUAUUGGGAACAGUUUCCCGCAUUGUGGAGACCUCCUGGAGCACUAAUUUUUUGGCUUCCCAUUGGUCUGCCGCGCUUUAGCUGGAUAUGGAAGGUGCUACUGUACUGACGUUUGAGUUGUUCAGCUAUCAAGCGAAGAAGGAAAAUUUACACUGAAUAUACUUCUUUCCCUCAGAACCUUCUCUUUCGUCAUUUUAAAGCCUUCAGUCAGAUUCUAUGAUUUUGGGAGAAAAUGGUAGAAAAAUGUGUAGCUCCGAGUAAAUUACACUUGAGGAAGGAGCUUAGUGUUCUUCAAAAGGCACGCUUUUUACGUGAUCCUGAAACAUGUUCAUCAUGGAGAUCUCUUAGUUCUAAAUCAUUUGUUGCUUGUAAUUUACGUCAUCAGAAUGAUAUAAGAGAUGUCUCAGCUACAGAAAAUAUUUCAAGUGGAUUGCUUGAAAUACCUCCUACAAGUGAGAAAUCCAGAAAAAAAGUGUACCUUUAUAAUUGGAAAAAUCAUUCUAAUAAAUCUAGUGAAAGCGCAAUAAAGUUGAAUGAGGAUGGAAAUCGGCUAUCUGUUGAGAGCAGUAUUGAAGACUGUGUAAACAGUUCUCACAAGGAAGAGAUUGUAGGUGAUACGUACCUUUUACCUGCUGCAAAUAUUUCUAAUGUUAGAGAUGCAGAUCUAGGGACUCCAAGGAAAUCUAGUACGAGGUUGAAAAAACCAGCUAUUUCUAACAAACGAGGUACAAAGCAUGCAGUAAUUUUGAAGCAGACGGACCUUCCAUCUAGUCCCUUGGGAGUUCUUAGCUCAGUUGAACAAUCUGAUGAUACAGGACAUUGCAACAAUGAAGAUGCACAACAUGUUGGGCUUGAUCUGCUUUGCAAAUCUUCACUUUGUUCUCCUUCUGCAUCAUCAUUGUUUUCUGGCUCUGGAUGUGCAAACUGGCCCCGGCCUUCCAAAAUAUUCAGAAAUACUAGAAGAGAUGGGUCACCUCAUUCCUGUACUCCUGCAUCAACCAGCUCUUACUACAGGCAUGUAAACCGGAAACCCAGUACUACUGGGUCUUUGGGUGGAACAACUGCUUCUUUUGAAUGGGAUGAAUUCGAUCCGCUGGACUUACCCGGGCGUCAAGGAUGCGGGCUUCCUUGUUAUUGGUCAAAGAGAACGAAAGAUAGGGGUUGCAGAGGCUGCUAUUCUCCAUCAUUAUGUGAUGCUACAAGGAAAAUGGGAGGUAGAAUUUGUUGUAGGAGCCAGAAAAUGUACAAUGCAAAACGAUCAAAUGGCCUUGACAAGCCAAAACACCUUCCAAAGUCUUCGCAAGGCCUGCCUUUGUUAAACAAUUACUGUGAUGAUAGAUCAAGUGAUGAGCUCUCAACAAAUUUAGGGGAGCGUGACUUGGAAGCAUUAAGCCGGUUGGAUGGCAGGAGAUGGUCAAACUCUAAGAGCCAAGAGGCAUUUGAAGCAGGAGGAACCGGAUCAAUUGCCUUGGACAUUGGAGAUAACAAAAGCUUGAGCGUAAAGUAUAAGCCAAGGACUUUUGAUGAAAUAAUUGGUCAGAAUAUUGUUAUUCAGUCCCUUACAAAUGCUGUCCUGAAGGGAAAAAUAGCACCCGCGUAUCUCUUCCAUGGACCUCAUGGAACUGGGAAAACAUCUGUGGCAAGGAUAUUUUCAGCAGCACUAAAUUGUGUUGCUACUGAAGGAAAAAAACCUUGUUGCUUGUGUAAGGCAUGUACUGUUUCUCAUGGAGAAAGCGGGUUCUUUGUGAGAGAAGUAAGUGCCACCAAUAAGAUGGGUAUUGAUAAGGUCAGACAUCUUUUGAAAAAUAUGACUAUGACUUCUAGAUUAUUUCAGUACAGAAUCUUUAUCAUUGAUGAAUGCCACUUGUUGACCUCUAAAAUAUGGUCAUCAUUUCUUAGAUUUCUUGAAGAGCCAAUUUCUUAUGUUGUGUUUGUUUUCAUAACAAUUGAUCAUGAAAACCUGCCGCGGGCCGUUAUCUCUCAUUGCCAAAAAUACCAGUUCUCCAAGAUUAAAGAUGCUGAUGUAAUACGGCGGUUAAGAAAGCUUUCCGCUGCAGAAAAUCUUGAGGUAGAAAUGGAUUCUUUAAAUCUGAUCACGUUGAAUUCUGAUGGUUCUCUUCAAGAUGCUGAAACAAUGUUAUAUCAAGUGAGUUUACUUGGGAAAAGGAUUACUACUUCCCUUGUAAGUGAUCUGGUGGGAGUUGUUUCAGAUGAGAAGUUGCUUGAUCUUCUCGAGUUGGCUAUGUCAUCGAAGGCUGAAGAAACAGUAAAAAGGUCUAGAGAACUUAUAGAUUCUGGUGUUGAUCCAAUUGUCCUUGUUUCUCAGUUAGCUGGACUUAUGAUGGAUAUUAUCGCUGGAACUUAUCAGUUAGCUCAUUCUCAGUAUGAAAAUGUGGUCCUUGGAGGGAGAAGUUUGACCAAAGACGAAUUGAAGAGAUUACAGCAGGCCUUGAAAAUUCUUUCUGAUGCUGAAAGACAGCUAAAACAGUCGAGUGAACAAUCCUCAUUGCUAACAACUGCAUUGCUUCAGCUUGCUUCGGGCAACAAUAUGGAGUCUACUCAACCUAACACUAUUGGGAUGCUUGCCAAUGAAAAAAUUAAGGAGAACAUGAAAAUAUGCUCCUCAGAUUGCCAUAGGUCCCACAAUUUGCUUGCAACUCGGGAUUCAAGCUCUGCCUUAGAUCCUAGAAAAAUGAGUGAAAAUUCUACCUCUGAUGAUUUCCAGAAAUCUCUUACAAUGCCAAAGGGUCAUGAUCCAAUCUCGAAUGAUGUCCCAGCUAAAGUUCAAUCAACUAAGAGAAGAUCAUCAAAUAAAGCUCACUUAGAUUGCAAUGCUAAUGGAAGCCUUUGUAACUUAUCUGAGAUUUGGAGAAGUUGUAUUGGAAAAUGCUUUUCAAAGACAUUGAGGCAACUGCUAUCAUCUCAUGGAAAGCUUAUUUCAAUAACUGAAAAUGAAGGUGCUUUGAUUGCUUUCAUUGCAUUUGCAGAUAAUAACAUAAAAUUGAGAGCUGAAAGGUACUUGAGCAGCAUCACAAACUCAUUGGAGCUAGUCCUGAAGCAGAAUGUAGAAGUCACUAUGGGUCUUGUUCCUGAUAAUUGGAAGAGUCUAGAACCUCCACUUGAUUCCCUAACCAUACAGCAUAAGGAGAAAUCGGGUUUCUUAGAUGAUCCGAGGAAGAUAAUACCUGAUGGAAUUAAGGGCUUGCGUGAUAAAUAUGGCAGAACUCUUAGCUUUCCUAGGAAAAGUAGAGACGCUUCUGUUGGUUCCUGUCACACUAAGGGAGAGAAAUAUUGCAGCCUACUGGUUCAAGAUGAUGGCCUUCCGCUUGAAAAAUACUCAGUUUCUGCAGAUGGAAAUAAUGGUUCUUGCACAAAAGAAAAAGGAAUGGAGAUUGCCAUCAUCAAAACUCAUUCACAGGUUUGCAAUGAGGAAAGACUAGAGGAUGCACGGCUUCAAGCUGCUGAAAAGGUUGCAUCUGGAUUGCCAAAUCUGUCAAAAACUAAAAAGAAUCAAACCAUUCCUCAAAAUAUUGGAAGCAGUCAGCUUUAUUGUGAUCCGUUGUUAGCAAAUGAUAAACCAUCUAGACACUGGGAUGAUGAGCCAAUUCAUGAAAUCAAAGGUCCAGAAAUAAAUGAUCUUCUAGUCUUACACAAGACAGAAAAUGGUGACGAUAAGAAUCGGUGUGCUAUUUCACCAAGCAUACUGCAUAGUAACAGCUUUUCAAACAAUUUUGACAAACAAAACUCGUUAGUUCUUAUUCCUGUGGAAUAUGAAUCGGGACCGGGUUGUAAUGGGCUCUUCUGUUGGAAAUCCAACAGGCCACACGGAAGACAGGUGAAGCAAGGAACCCAUCUCAGCUCCUUCAAGACCCACCACAUGUUUGGUAAGCGGGUAAAGUCAAAGACAGGAGGAAACAGAUCAAUGAGAUAACUUCAUGAGCUGGAAUCUUCGGUCUUAUUCUGUGCAUUGUUUUUAUCACAAUCCUGCAAAUCUCACUCGAUCCAUCUCUUCUGAAGAUUAAAGGUGGGCUGAUGUGCGCACUACGAGUUCCUUGCUCAUACCCAUAGGCAAUAGAUAUGCUCGUUGCAAGUUCAUUGAUAUUUCCCACAAACAAGCUGCCAUAUUCGUUACAUGUUGCCAAUGCUUGCCCGUGGGUAAUCUUUUAUGCAUCAUAAGUUCAUAUUUGCUCUUGUAGGUGGGCUGAUACAUUCAUUACAUGUCUCUUGUUUUCUUCCAUAAGCGGGCUGUCAUGCUUAUUACAAGCACAGUGUUCUCAUUUUUAUUCGUAGGCUGGCUGAUGUGCUCAUUUCAGGUUCCUUACUCAUAAAGGAGAUGUCAUGUAAAUUAUAGGUUCCUUGCUAUUGGAUUUUAAGUUUCAUAAAUUUUAUUCAAUUAUAAUUUAAAUUUAAUUGUUCUUUUA